GGCGAAGUAUCCUCCUCUCCAAGUGUACUCCUUAAAAUUAAAAGGGUAUUUUGGUAAACACGUUUUUCUUUUCAUCAUAAUUUUCAUUAAUCACCAUGAUAUGAUAAUCAAAAUCAAAACUCUUCUUGUGUCACAUUUUUUUUUUUAUAAUUUGUUUGUCACAUUCAAUUGGCUUCACUCAUCUGAAUGGGAUGAGUGUGUAUGAUUGCUACCUAAAAUAAACAAAAUAAGAAAAAUGUUACAAAGGGCAGCAAGCAAUGCAUAUUCAUGGUGGUGGGCUAGCCACAUUAGAACAAAGCAAUCAAAAUGGUUGGAUCAAUGUCUCCAAGAUAUGGAGGAGAAGGUGACUGACACAUUAAGAGUCUUACAAAAUGAAGGAGACUCAUUUUCACAAAGAGCAGAAAUGUAUUACAGAAAAAGGCCAGAGCUUGUUGAAUUUGUUGAAGAAGCCUUUAGAGCAUAUAAAGCCUUAGCAGAAAGAUAUGAUCAUUUAUCAAGAGAACUUCAAAGUGCAAAUAGAACAAUUGCAAGUGUCUUCCCUGAUCAAGUUCCAUGCCAAAUCGAUGAUGACGAAGACGACGAAAGUGACACAGGAACAAUCCCACCAUCUCCUGACCACAACAGCCAAUUUCAGAAAUCACCAACUAUUCCAAAAGUUCCAAAGAUUCCAAAGAAAGAUUUUCGAAGUCCUUCGAUGUUGUUAUCGCGAAAAGGUCCAACAAUUAAGAGAAGUCCUUCUGUUUACGUUCCUGCUCAAAGAUCAGGUCUUACCAAAGCUGAAGCAUUAGGUGAAAUCGACAAACUUCAGAAAGAGAUUUUAGCGUUGCAGACCGAGAAAGAGUUUGUGAGAAGCGUGUACGAGCGUGCAUACGAAAAGUACUGGGAAAUCGAAGAUCAUAUAACAGGUACGCAGAAAAGUGUUUGCAGUUUGCAAGAUGAAUUCGGUGUCGGUACUGUCAUUGAAGACGAUGAUGCUAGAGCCUUAAUGGCAGCAACGGCAUUGAAAUCGUGUCAAGAGACACUUUCAAAGCUUCAAAAGAUUCAAGCACAAUCAUCCAUAGAAGCGAAAGUUGAAUAUGAAAGGGUUAGAAAAGCUCAUGAGAUGUUUGAGAGUCUUAGAGAUCAAUUUAUCAGUAAAUUCAUGCAUCAAGAAGAACAUGAACAUGUCGAAAAAUGUAAGAGCAUAAUAAGUGAAGAACAGAAACACAUUGAUGAAGAGAUAGCUAGUUUGGAACAACAAGAGAACGACGUUGUUUUGUUGAGAGAAACUAUUAAAGAAAAAUUGGCACAAGAUUCUGCAAACUCUCUUACCGUCACCGAAAUGGCCGAAUGCAUCGAUGAGCUUGUGAACAAGGUUGUUACAUUGGAAACCGCGGUGUCUUCUCAAACUGGUAUGGUUAAUCGAUUGAGAUCAGAAACCAAUGAACUUCAAACAAAUAUAAAGAAAUUAGAAGAGGACAAGGAAAUUCUUAAAGCAGGAGCAGAAGCUACUAAUAAGAAGCUAAAAGAAUUUGAAGAGGAAUUGUUGAGAGUGAAGAUUCUUAACAAAAGUGUUAAAUCACAAGAUAAUAGCCUCCGAACACAUUUUACCGAAGCUAGUUGUAAUAUUGAGCAUUUAUCCGGAAAGUUAAAUAAUAUGAAACAUGAUGUGGAUGAUGUGAAUUUAGUACUUUACAAGAAGAAGAAAACUAAUUCUGAUGUUGAUGAUUCUAUUAUGAAGGAUGUUAAUACAAUAGACAAAAGUGGCGGUGCAAAUUUGGAUGCUAAGAACUCUAUUAUGAGUCAAAAUACUAAUUUUAUUACUGAAAGGAUUGAAAAAAUGGGACAACAUGAGAAAGAUGAUUUGUCUGAUACAGUUAGCAAUCUUGAAAUUGAAUCACAUGAUUUGGAGACAGGUGAGGGUGAUCAACCAAAUUGGAGGCAAAUGUUUUUGAGUGGUUUGGACGAUAGAGAGAAAAUUCUGUUGGAGGAGUAUACAUCUGUUUUGAGAAACUAUAAAGAUGUUAGAGUGAAGCUUAAUGAUGUUGAAAAGAAAAAUAGGGACAGCAUUUUUGAGUUAGCACUUGAGUUAAGGGAAAUGAAGAGUGCUCUUGUGACAAAGGACAAAGAGAUACAAUUUUUAAAUCAAAAGAUAAAUUGUCCAGACUCAAAUCCAGAUGAAAGUCCAUACACAACAGCAACAGAAUACAAAUACACACCGAAUGAAGCACUUUUGAGAAAAUCGGGUCAAGGAUCCAACAUACAGGAGAUAGAUAUUUCAUCUCUAACAACAUCUUAUGCAGACCAACAUAAUCAAAAGUCACCAACCCUUGGCCUCAAAAUGACCCUUGAGAAGCUCAUGGCAGACCAAGACAAGCGGCACACCCUUUCGGAUUUAGAAAAGAAAUUCCGUUCGGACAUCGACGACCUCCUCGAAGAAAAUCUUGAGUUUUGGCUAAGAUUUAGCACCUCAGUUCAUCAAAUUCAAAAGUUUCAAAACUCAAUUCAGGACUUAAAAGCAGAACUGAAGACAAUAAAGGAAAACAACAAAUCCGAAGGACAUUCCCAUUCAAAACAUCAUCAAUCUGCACAAUCUCAACUUAGGCCGAUUUUCCGACAUUUAAGAGAGAUUAGAACUGAGUUAUCUCUUUGGCUUGAACACAAUGCAGUGUUACAGGAUGAACUACAAGGUAGAUAUUCAUCAUUAUGCAACAUUCAAGAUGAAAUUGCAAGAGCAGCUGUUAAAAAUGCACAACCUAAUGGUGAAAAAGUUGGUGAGAUAAUAAGUGGUUAUCAAGCUGCAAAGUUUCAAGGUGAGAUUCUUAACAUGAAACAAGAAAAUAGUAAAGUUGCAAGUGAAUUACAAGCUGGUCUUAGUCUUGUGAAAGGAAUGAAAAUUGAUGUUGACAAGACACUUGAUGAACUUGAUCAAGAUAUUGGGAUUAGUAGUGUUCAUAGUGACACAACAAAAAAGAGCACAUCAUCAAAAGGUACUAGAAUACCUUUGAGGUCUUUCUUGUUUGGUGUUAAAUUAAAGAGACAAAAGCAUCAUCAAUCAUCAUCAUCAGUAUCAUCAGCAUCAUCACUGUUUGCUUGUGUCAAUCCUGCACUGAAUAAACAAUAUAGUAUCAAUGAACAUGCACCAGCUCCAAUAGAGAGAGAGGAGGAGGAUGAUAUUUGAUUUGCCUUAUUUGAGUAUUUUGAAAAUUGUCAAGGAUUGAUUGUAGUAUAUCAUGUUUUUAAUUUCAAGGUUGGCUUUAUAAUUCUUA